AUGUCUGCUAAACCUCUUCCAAUGACAGUCUUAGUGUUCUUUUACACCUCUGGAAUCCUCAUGUUUAUCACCUUUGUCCUCUCGAUGGUCAACUUGGCAGAGUUUGACCUCUACUUGGUGCCGGUGUCGGUGGCUUUAACCAUUCUCCAUCACAUAACUCUAGUUGCGAUCUCCCUACUCAAAGCUAGGCCACCAAAUGUCACCAAUACCUCCGAAUCAACCUUGGUCUCUCGUCCAGCACUCCCAACCGACUCCAAUUCUCGUAUGGAGACGAAGUCACCCCGAGAACCGCACGAAGAAAGUCUCUCCCUAACUUUGAAGGAACUUUUGGAUAUCUUGAAUGUGUCCUUUUGUUCUGUCUCUUUGGCGUCUUCGUUCACCAUAGGAAGAAGCAACAACCUCGAGCUGCAGACUCGAUUCCCUUGA